UUGCAGGCAGAGAAAAAGCUUGCUAUUACUGUGUUCAGCUUCCCUCCAGACAAGGGCAAUGUUGGAACUGCUGCCUAUCUCAAUGUAUUUUCUUCCAUCUACUCUGUCUUGAAGGAACUUCAGAGAGAUGGAUACUUUGUUGAGGGCUUGCCUGAGAAAGCCGAGUCACUGAUGGAAGAUGUUAUUCAUGAUAAGGAAGCACAAUUCAGUAGUCCCAACCUCAACAUUGCAUACAAGAUGGGUGUUAGGGAGUACCAGACACUCACUCCAUAUGCCACUGCACUGGAAGAGAACUGGGGCAAACCACCAGGCAAUCUGAAUUCUGAUGGCGAGAGUCUUUUGGUCUAUGGAAAACAGUACGGUAACGUGUUCAUUGGGGUGCAACCCACGUUUGGAUAUGAAGGUGAUCCAAUGCGACUUCUGUUCUCCAAAUCAGCCAGUCCACACCAUGGAUUCGCUGCAUACUACUCCUUCGUUGAGAAGAUCUUCAAGGCUGAUGCUGUUCUUCAUUUUGGCACUCAUGGUUCGCUUGAGUUCAUGCCUGGAAAGCAGGUUGGGAUGAGUGAUGUCUGCUAUCCUGACAGUCUUAUUGGUAAUAUCCCCAACGUCUACUACUAUGCUGCAAACAACCCUUCUGAAGCUACCAUAGCCAAGCGCCGCAGCUAUGCCAACACCAUUAGCUAUCUGACACCUCCUGCAGAGAAUGCUGGGCUUUAUAAAGGCCUGAAACAGCUCAGUGAACUAAUUUCAUCUUACCAAUCUCUAAAGGACAGUGGUCGUGGGCCUCAAAUUGUGAGCUCCAUCAUCAGCACUGCCAAGCAAUGUAACCUUGACAAGGACGUCAAUCUUCCUGAAGAAGGGGAGGAACUUUCAGCCAAAGAGAGAGACCUUGUGGUUGGGAAGGUCUACUCCAAGAUCAUGGAGAUAGAGUCUCGGCUCUUGCCUUGUGGUCUCCAUGUCAUUGGUGAGCCGCCAUCAGCCAUGGAAGCAGUUGCAACACUAGUCAACAUAGCUGCACUGGACCGUCCUGAAGACGGGAUUUCCUCUCUCCCAUCAAUAUUAGCUGAGACAGUAGGAAGGGGCAUUGAGGAUAUCUAUCGAGGAAGUGACAAGGGUAUCUUGAAGGAUGUGGAGCUGCUACGCCAGAUUACGGAGGCAUCACGUGGAGCAAUAACAGCCUUUGUGGAGAAGACCACAAAUAAAAAAGGCCAAGUUGUUGAUGUGGCUAAUAAGUUGAGUUCAAUCCUUGGAUUUGGGUUGAAUGAGCCAUGGCUGCAGUACUUAUCAAGCACAAAAUUUUACAGGGCUGACCGUGAGAAGCUUAGGAUCUUGUUUGAGUUCUUGGGAGACUGUUUGAAGUUAGUUGUGGCUGAUAAUGAAUUAGGGAGCUUAAAGCAAGCUUUGGAAGGUAGUUAUGUGGAACCAGGGCCUGGUGGAGACCCAAUUAGGAACCCGAAGGUUUUACCGACAGGAAAGAACAUUCAUGCACUUGACCCACAGGCUAUACCAACAGCAGCAGCCAUGCAAAGUGCAAAGGUGGUGGUGGAUAGGUUGAUCGAGAGACAGAAGGCAGAAAAUGGGGGACAAUAUCCUGAGACCGUUGCACUUGUGUUAUGGGGCACAGAUAACAUCAAGACCUAUGGAGAGUCAUUAGCUCAAGUUUUAUGGAUGAUUGGGGUGAUGCCAAUUGCAGAUACCUUUGGCCGUGUAAACCGGGUGGAGCCAGUCACCCUUGAAGAACUUGGACGGCCUAGAAUUGAUGUUGUUGUCAAUUGCUCGGGAGUGUUCAGAGAUCUGUUCAUCAAUCAGAUGAACCUCCUGGACCGUGCUGUGAAGAUGGUCGCAGAACUAGAUGAGCCAGAGGACCAAAACUAUGUCAAGAAGCAUGCAAUUCAACAAGCACAGAUCCUUGGCAUUGAUGUACGCGAUGCUGCAACCCGUGUAUUCUCCAAUGCAUCAGGCUCCUACUCCUCCAACGUCAACCUUGCUGUUGAGAAUUCAUCAUGGAAUGAUGAGAAACAACUUCAGGACAUGUAUUUGAGCCGCAAGUCAUUCGCCUUUGAUUGUGAUGCCCCUGGUGCAGGCAUGACCGAGAAGCGCAAGGUGUUUGAGAUGGCACUCAGCACUGCUGAUGCUACAUUCCAGAAUCUAGACUCAUCUGAAAUCUCUCUCACUGAUGUCAGCCACUACUUUGAUUCAGACCCAACCAACCUAGUACAGAACCUCAGAAAAGAUGGUAAGAAGCCCAAAGCAUACAUUGCUGACACCACCACAGCAAAUGCACAAGUGCGGACGCUGGCAGAGACUGUUCGGCUUGAUGCUCGCACCAAACUGCUCAACCCCAAGUGGUAUGAAGGUAUGAUGUCUAGUGGGUAUGAGGGAGUGCGUGAAAUUGAGAAGAGACUCACAAACACGGUUGGCUGGAGUGCAACCUCAGGCCAAGUUGACAACUGGGUGUAUGAAGAAGCAAACUCAACUUUCAUUCAAGAUGAGGAUAUGCUCAAGAGAUUGAUGAACACCAAUCCAAACUCAUUCAGGAAGUUGGUGCAGACUUUCUUAGAAGCUAAUGGACGUGGGUAUUGGGAGACAAAUGAGGAGAACAUUGAGAAGUUAAGGCAGUUGUACUCUGAAGUUGAAGACAAGAUUGAAGGGAUUGACCGGUGAACUAUUAAACUCUGUAAAAUGUUAUAAACAUUUAAAAUUUGAUUGUAGUCUGCUUUGGCUCUUCUCUCUAUCUGUAUAAGGAAGGAGAUCAAUACAUUGUAGUGUCGCAUUGUAAUGUGAGUUUGUGUCAUCAUUCUUCCACUGUAAGUCUGUAAUGUGAUUCUCUUUUUUCCUCUUUUCAAA